AUGUUGACCGACCCUGACGGGGCCAUUAUCGUCCCCUACAUAUACAACGAACCCAUCUCCGCCCUCCUCAAGCGCAUCCAGGCUACCUUUUUCUCCAACGGCUCCAUGUCUAACACCCGUGACGACCUCUACCUCAAUGGUAAACGUCUCAAAGAUCGAACAAAAACAUUAGCCCACUACCGCAUCUUUGGUCGCACCCUCACCUACCACGUUAUAUCUGCGCGACCCAACGGCCGAUGCCCAUUCUCGAUCCAAGUCAUCACCCCCACCGGAAAAAUCAUUCCUCUGAUCUGCCACCCCCACACGUUCGUGGAGGAUGUGAAGGAUAUGAUCCAUGAGAAAGAACGUAUCGCUGAUGACCAGCAGACGAUCACUUAUGCCGGUAUGCAACUCGAAGACUCACGUAUGCUACAAUUCUACGGCAUCUCUGCAGGGUCGACCCUUCAUGUGGCCUUGCCUCGCCCCUGUACUGUGACACUCCCCGGGAUCCUGUACUUGGAUAACAAGGUUGGAACUCACAUGGGCGUGCGCAAGAUUCGAUUCUCGCAGAACGCUUCUCGCGGCCGCGUUCCCAACAUUGGCACCAAUAUCGAGUGCGAAUGCAAGUGUACUCCUGGUCCCAUCGUCAUCGUCCAGAAAGGCCGCGGAACCCUCGAGAUCGCCAAAGCCACGCUCACCUGCCCGAACUGCGGCAAGUCCGACAAGAUCGUCCCCGUGGCCUUCGGGUUCCUGAAGUGCAAGUACCGCUACCAUGGGAUCCAAGCCUCGGAUGGUGCGCAGUUCACGUCAGACUGGGAAGAAGUCCAUGCCGAUGAUCGUUACCACUUGGUGAGCGCCGAUAUCAAGAGAGCGGGUUGGAGUUGUCUGGUGGUUGAGUCCGCUGGAUUGCACCAGUAUGCUCCCUGCACAAUCUGUUUGGAGCCUCUCCGGCAGUGUGAGACCUUGGUGUGUGGGCAUCAGUUCCACUCGGUUUGCGCUAAGAAAUGGAAGGGGUUCUGUCCCAAUUGUCAGAACAACAAGCAUUUGGUCUUCACGCCACUGCCAAGAUCAGGAAGUGGAUAUUUUUGA